AGUAGCUGCUGGCUUCACACCGACUUCUCUGGAAGACCCGCUUCCUUUGUCAACUCCCCUCACCGUCACCCUCGCCCGAGUUCCCACAGACGCAUCAGGCCUGUGUUGGAAUUGGAGUCUGAUCUCCCCCGAUUGCAGCUAGCAUCAUGUGGUUACUAACUGCUGUUCAUUCACUUAUUGAUGCCACCCCGAAAAAAACGGGGACAGAGUUGCCAGAAAUCCCCACUGCUGUUCCACCAACAACCAGUGGAGGGCCCCAAACACCACCAUGGAUUGCCACAGCUUCCUGUCACCAACCCUAGAAGGGUCCCCAGCAAACCCAUUGACCAGAGAACCAUCGCUUCCUGGGUAUUGCCUCAGUUUGGUAUGACAACAGAGAACGGUUUUCACGUUCACCGGAAACGUCAGCGCCGAGAGCAGAAAAGACGUCCAAGUCGGAAAUCUACCACUUCCAAGUUUCCACACCUAACCUUUGAGAGUCCACCGUCGUCUUCCAGUUCAGAGGCACCGGGGGUCCCUUUAGCCAGGGAGUGCCCCUGUCCACCCGAGCAGGACAUUUCCACAAGGCCUUUGGUUCCAUUGCUCAGUCCCCAAAGCUGUGAGGAUCUGUCGUUACAGACACUUCAAAGCCCAGGGUAUGCCUUCAUUCCACCAGAUAUUCACACCCCAGAGCCUGCGAAGGAAGAAGCCAUUCCCUCCAAUCAGGGCGGAAACCGUCAUCCAGGAUACUCCCUUCGUACUAGCACUCCCAAGCACCCAAAGCCCGGGCCUAUUCUGGUUAAAGACACCCCCGAGGACAAGUAUGGGAUAAAGGUCACCUGGAGGAGACGGCAGCAUCUACUGGCUUGCCUCAGGGAGAGUGGGAAGCUGAGCAGAAGCCAGUUCCUAGUGAAUAACUGACUGCACAAAACAACGGACGACUGGUCUUAUGUCGCUUUUCUGGCUCACGGAGUACAUCACUGGUAAAGAUGGAAUUUUCACCAGUCGGAAAUAGAUGUUUUAACUGGGGUCCCGGAGUCCUAAAGGAAUUUGGUUUCCCAAUUUGUGUGUUUUUUUUUAAGUACCUGGUGUUAAAAAUGUAUGUAAAUAAAUGGUUAAUAGAUGAUGCACAGAAAAAACAAUCAGUGACUUUCUGUGGUUAAUGUGCUGCCCCACGACCUGGCUUCUGCCAGAUGAGGAAAGGGCAGCCAGCCUGUUCUAAUGAAAACUGUGGUGGGCCUUGGAAAGGUAGGGGACUGACGUUGUUUUGACUCUGUUCCCAAAGAAAUCUGUAGAUAUUAAACAGAAUGGGAAAAUGAUUUCCUGUCAUAACUGUUUAAAAUGUAUGUAAAUAAGUGCAGGAAGCGUUCAAGGAGUAGUACUUCAUAUUGUAAAUAUUGCAGCAGUAUCCAGUUAAAGGAUUUCACUUGUGUUUUACCCAUACAUCUUGAUUCAAUUGUCUUUAUUAAAAACUUAUUUAAUGUGUCAGGUCCAACCUGAGGUGGACCAAGCA